AUGUCGUCAACAUCGGCUGCUGCAGCUUCUUCUUCAUCCUCAACGGCGUCGUCUCAAUUCACCUACACUACCGGCACGUACUUUCCGACUCCGUUUCACCUACAACAGCCGCAAACCUAUGUGGCUGCUGCCGCUGCCGCUUCAAUUUUGCAAUUUCCUGCUCCUCCUCCUGCGGUUCCCCACGUUUAUCCUGCUCCCGCUACAGUCCCUACCGUGUACUCCCUCCCUCAGUAUCAACAAGCCCAGCAAUUAUUUCAGAGGGAUGCACAAACAAUAACACUUGAAGCGCUAGAGAGUGUGAAAGCUGCGCUUGCAAGUAGUGAGAUUGAGCACAAGGCCGAGACUAAGAAGAAAGCAGUACCUCGUAAGGCAGCAGGGCAGGCAUGGGAGGAUCCUACACUUGCAGAUUGGCCAGAGAAUGAUUCUCGUUUGUUCUGUGGUGAUCUUGGUAAUGAGGUGAAUGAUGAUGUUCUAUCCAAAGCAUUUUCAAGAUUUCCAUCUUUUAACAUGGCCAGGAUCACUGUAUACACUUUUCUUCAUCCCUUCAAUUUCUCGGCUGUUUUCUCUUCUUCUGAAGGAUUGGCACUAACCUCUACUAAAGCAUAGCCGGACUGCUCCACC